AAAUAUUGAAGCAUGAUGGAGCGAAACCCUGUACCUAUAUAUAAGGACAUAAGGUUGUAUAGAAUGCGAUGUUCAAUGAUAUUUGACUCGUUCAGUCGUAGUUUGAUUACGUUCAAGAUGAGAUCGCAAUUGAUUUUAAUCGCAAUAUGCUUUGUGUUGUCAUCAACAGACUCUACUGUAAACUGGACUGUGGACGAUAACACACUACCAGAAUCGUUGCCCUAUUUGAUGCGCAACAAAUAUUAUACAAAUGAAGAAAUUCAAAACGCAGUAUUUUGGGCGUAUAAAACUCAGUACGAUGUUAUUUCAGAACAUAAUGGUCACGUAUACGAUGCAGAAACACCAUUAGGAUAUUUUAAUGAUGUCUUGAUUUUACCUAAGACCAGAGCAUCAUUAAUAAAUUCCAACAUCGUAUUCGAAAAUAAUACCGUCAGUGGCCUAAUGGAUUUUAAAAGCAAUAAUGUCGUUAUACGAUGGUCGCAAGACCAGGUAUCCACAGAGAUAACUUGGAAAGAGCUACAAAUUGUAGGCAAAUAUACAUUUGUAGACGAGUGGAGAUACGUAACUGGCAAAUAUCAAAUUUUCGUGGAAAAUGUUAUGUAUCAAACAGACACACCGUUAUCCAAAAACUCAGAGUUGUAUCCUUUGUCGGCGCCAAAUUCAGCAAUAUCUUAUAGUCAAUUUAGGGCCACCUUUACUGGACAUUCAAUUCCAGACGGAUUUUCGGCUACACGGUAUUUCUUGGAAGAAGUGGCGUUCGGACACGUCGCGGACUAUGUUCUAGAAGUGACACGGAAGAAUGUGACGUCGGCCAUUAGAGCGGCCGUCCAGCCGUACGUGCAGUACGGGAACCGGUCAGACCCACACUUCCCGGACGCCGCCGGUCGGCUGGACGACGGACGGUUCUUCGCAGUCAGCGACCCGUUCGUCGACGGCCUGGAUACCGCGUUGCAAAAGGUGAACUCCGUGUGGACCGAACCGAACACGGGUGGGCUAAUGGUCGCCAUCGAGCACACGUUGCACAACCUCAACGGUACGUUUAAUCUUCACAUCGUCUCGGAGCUGGCCGAACUGCAGCAGCCCAGCCGCGAGAUCGACUUUUUCAUGGACCGGGUCAGCCUGAACAUCGCGUACGACGUAUUUAGGCCCAACUGCUUUUGUUCCGCCAUCACUAAAGUGUACAAGAUGACCACGUGGCCACGUGACAGUCGAAACGACACGGGACAUCUGCCACUAGUGGCCGCCGCUUUCGCCAAUACCGUCGAAGAUCACUUGUCCGUCGGCACGUGCGCUGCCAUUGCGAAAACCAACAAGUACGGUACAAACCCAUGCCAAUGAAUUUGGCCACAAUUAUAAAUGACUCAAUAUUUUUGUGUGUUUUAAUUAUUUUAUACUUUUAUUAAUAUCUUUCAAUUUUUUCGACAUGAAUAUUAUAAAAACUGCAAUGUUUAGGAAAUUGCAUAAGAUGUAUUAUUAUUACGUGAUAUUUGAAUCUAAAGUAAGAUAACUAUGGGCAAUUUAUAACAUUCAAGUAUUGAAUAAUUUAUAAAUAAAAUGAACUUUAGUGCAUUAGAUGUGUAAUUUGAGUUGUAUUUAUAUUAUUUCAGUACCUAUUGAUUUUUUAGAUUCUGAGCUGAUAGAUGAAUGUACUGAUUUCACAAUUUGUUUUUGUAUGUAUACACGUAUAACAGAUAAUCUUCUUUCAGAAUCGUUUUUUGUAUGCAAUGAUUGUUGAAUUCAAAUUUAACACAUGUAUUAUAGUAACCC